GAUGAGAGUAUAGUGGACGAGUCAGUCAGUAGUCUAGUCAGUUCAGUUCUCACAGCUCAGUUCACUUCAGUUAAUUCAAGUAGCUAUGUGUUGUCGUGUGUACUUUCUGUUGAUCGCCAGUGUCGCCUGGACUAUGUCUCUCUCUUCCAGGAAUAACCACGGGAACGGGGGAGAUCUUUCCCUCUGGAUUGACGAACAGCAGGUGAAGAUGUUCAGCGGAUUUGCAAUGGAAAUAUAUGCUAUCGUGGAUGGAAAUGUAUUGCCAUAUAUUUUGGACCCGAACUUUGAAAAAUACUUACCAAUCAUACCAUCAGAGGUUGGCUAUGUCAACUUUACUUGGAAAUCUGGGACAAAGAAAUACUACUACAACUUCGACCGACUGCAAUCAUUCAAUGAAGAUAUUCUGGAACCUCCUGUCAUAUCUAUUAAAACCAAGGGAAGAGUGCCUCGCAGACCUAAAGUUUUCAGUGUUCUUCUACCAUGCAAUGGAAACAGUUCCGGAAUUGCAGCUUUUGGAAUUGGGUUGUUGAUUGAGAGCAGAAAAGGCAAACCUUUACCAGGAACUCCGUUACGGCUUCGACUUAGAAAAGAAUGUGCUGAACGAGGUCCGGACCCAGAAUGUGACAAGAAGUGUGCCAAUGGAGGAUGGUGCAACAAGGAUAAGAUUUGUCAGUGUCAAGAAGGUUAUGUAGGUCCUUAUUGCAAGGCAGCGUUGUGCUAUCCUCAAUGUAUGAACAACGGCAACUGCACGGCUCCAGGAGUUUGCAGUUGUCCAGAAGGAUAUCAGGGACGCCACUGCGAGGGAGGUAUUUGUGCAGAGAAAUGUCAAAACGGAGGGAAAUGUGUGCAGAAAGACAGCUGUGACUGUCCAAAAGGAUAUUACGGUCUUCGUUGUGAGUUCUCUAAAUGCAGCAUCGCCUGUCUCAACGGGGGAAGAUGCCGAGGGGUCAACAAGUGCCGGUGUCCCCCGGGGUUCCGUGGUGAUCACUGUGAGAUCGGUCGGCACAUAGCACCCGGCACCUCAUGUCCCAAGGCUUGCGGUCACGGCACCUGCACAGCUGAUAACGUUUGCGUCUGCGACCAGGGCUGGUUCGGCCGAUUCUGCUACCAAAGGCAUCCACACAAGAGAAAACACGACUCUUCCUAUGCAGCUGAAUCUAGUUCGGAGGAUGAUAUGGAGGAGGGGAGAAUUCGACAUAGAGUAUAAGAAAUCAACUUUUAACAGUUAAAUAUUAUAUGAGGACAACGCAGCGUUUUGAUUGUAAUGUACCUACAAAAAAAUGGUUCAAUUUUUUUAAUUUGUCUUUUUUAUCAAUGUUAAAUGUUAUUUUUUGACAUGAUUGAAAGGAAAGAAGAAUAGAUUUUUUUGUAUGUACAACUUAUAUGACUGAUAUGUUUCAGAAAUAUGGAUGUAUUUUGUAGAUAUGCAAUUUGUAUUCUACUUAGUAUUAUUCCUUUAUUAGUAUUUUU